AGGCUCAACCCCCAGGACCCUCUGCCUCUACUCUCGGGCCGAGUGGCCCCGCACUACCUGCGGCGCGGGAUGCCCGCCAGCCGGAGGCGCCGCCGAUCGGCAGCCGAGCGCCUGCGCCAGGACCGCUCCGCGCGAGCCCGCGCGGCGGCGGCCGACAGGCCAGCGCUGCCCACCCUGUCGGUGCUGGAGCGGGCGGCGGUGAAGCCGAGCACGGAGAAACACUACCACACCCUGCUGUCGGACUUCUGCCUGUUCUGCAUGACGCAGAACAUCGCCUGGGUUUCGCACGAGGGCCUGGGCGCUGCGCUGACGGCCUUCCAGAACACUCUGUACCUGGACGGCCGCCCGGGCACCGACGGCAGCAAGCUGCUCGCGGCGGUCGCUCACCAUUACCCGUCGAUCGGCAAGCAGGUGCGGGCUCUCCUUCCGAGAGCCACCCGGCGCGCCCAAGCCUGGGUGCGCCGUGCCCCAGGCCACCAGAGACUGCCCCUGCCCCGCGCGGCCGCGCUGGCUGCUGCGGGAAUGCUGCUCGCGAUCGGGCAGCUUCGCAUGGGGGUGUGGGUGUGCCUGACCUUCGCGUGCUACCUGCGGCCGAUCGAGUGCUUCCGCCUGCUGGGGCGCCACGUGGUCGCCAGCAACCCUCAGGCGGGGCCGCAGUUCCAACGUUGGGGGCUACUGUUGGCCGAUGCCACGGGGGGUCAGCCGGGGAAGACCGGCAACUGGGACGAGUCCGUGCUGCUGGACCUGGACGACUGGCUGAUCCCAGUUGUGGCCGCGCUGAUGCAGGCCACGCCCGACAACGCGCCGCUCUGGCCCUUCUCGCCGAGCGAGCUCGGGAAGCAGUUCAGGAUGGCCUGCGACCUCCUCGGGCUCGGAGCGCUGGAGCCCCACCUGUACUCCCUCCGCCGCGGGGGGGCCUCGGACGACCUCCUUCGCAAGAGGCGGUCAGUGGAGGCCGUCCAGCGGAGGGGGCGUUGGGCUACCAGCCAGUCUCUCAAGAGAUACGGAAAGGAGACCCGAGUGCUGACGCAGCUGAACCAGGUGCCGAGCUCAACUAUCGAGUUCGGCCGCGUGGUGGAGGAGCACUUCCGCCUGAUAGUCGAGUGCGGCCUGUUCGGAAGCGGGGUGCUGGACCUCCUGCCCCUGCGCGCCCGCCAGGCCCUCAGCAGCCUGGGCACACCGCUGCGCUAGCAGCCUCGGGAAAGGAUGUGGAUAGGCACCUCGCUCGCGUGUUCAGGCAAGCUGUGAAGCACGGGCGUGUUUUCAGGCGGUGCGUUUUCCUCGAGCUGUUUUGUGGCAGCGCCCACUUGACCAAGCAACUUCGUCGUUGUGAUCGCAGUGCGUUAGGCCUGGAUUUUCUGCAGCACGCCGCCGAGAAUCAUCUGAUCCCUGCUUUUGCCCGCCGCAUUCGAGGAUGGAUCCUCGCGAAGGCUGUCUGCUGCGUUUGGUUAGCCACCCCUUGUGCCGCGUUCUCUGCCGCCAGGCGCCCCCCUCUUCGCUCCGCCUCUUCCCCCCUUGGCCCCCCCGGCCUUUCGGGAAGGGACCUGGCUGCAGUGAGCGUUGGAAACAGGCUUUUGCACUUCAGCAUUAGAAUCAUUCGCCUUUGCAUUCUGUGCAAUUGUCCCGUUGCUAUUGAGAACCCUAACACCUCUGUGAUCUGGCAGGUACCUGCCUUGAAGAAACUCUUGUCUCAUUCGUGCUGCCAUGAAGCUGUUCUCGACUACUGCCAGUUCGGCAUGCCCUGGCGGAAAAGAACCAGGAUCGCCUUCUGGCACGUGGGCGCCGAAUGUAUGAAGCUGUGCCGCCGCUGUAUUCCAGUUGCUGGCACAUGUUCGCGCGCUGGAUGCGCCCACCUCGAGCUUGUUGGCCGUGAUCCAGUCAGUGACCGUCACUGGACAGCCAUUGCCUGCCCGUGCCCUAACCAGCUGUGCAAGCAUAUUGUUUCUGUCCUCAUUGCCGCCGUCGAUCGGCAGCGCGAGGAAGUGAUUGCUGAUCGGUUUGGUGUGUGAUGCGGCCGAGGGGCCAUGUCUCUCCUGCGGGUGUGGGCCUUCUAUCAACGAAUCGCUGACAGUUUUUUGCUCCUUGCCCGGCUGGGCAGCGUUAUGCUCCCCGCCUCGCGCUGCAUCGCAUUGAAGGAAAAGGGAUCGUCUUUGUCGGGGCCCCUUCAAGAGCCUGGCAGAGUUUCGUGAAUGCACAAGCUGGAUGUCUUCAUGACGGUAUGCUUGCAAUGUUUGUUCUCUGCCGUACUUAUUACGGCUCAGGCUUUUCUCUCCCCCCCUCCCUCGCUCUCUCCUUCUUCCUCUUUCUUCCCUUGAAGGGCCUUCUAUCAACGAAUCGCUGACAGUUUUUUGCUCUUUGCCCGGCUGGGCAGCGUUGUGCUCCCCGCCUCGCGCUGCAUCGCAUUGAAGGAAAAGGGAUCGUCUUUGUCGGGGCCCCUUCAAGAGCCUGGCAGAGUUUCGUGAAUGCACAAGCU